AUGACCUGCUCUGCUGCCACUGCCCCUUCUGGCUGUGAAAGCCUCAACGACCUGCGCUGCUGCCACGGCCUCUUCUGGCUGUCAAAGCCUCGACGACCUGCGCUGCUGCCGCAGCCCCUUCUGGCUGUCAAAGCCUCGAUGACCUGCUCUGCUUCCACUGCCUCUUCUGGCUGUCAAAGCCUCGAUGACCUGCGCUGCUACCUCUGUCUCUUCUGUCUGUCAAAGCCUCAACAACCUGCGCUGCUGCCACUGCCUCUUCUGGCUGUCAAAGCCUCGAUGACCUGCUCUCCUGCCAAUGCCCCUUCUGGCUGUCAAAGCCUCAAGACCUGUGCUGCUGCCACUGCCUCUUCUGGCUGUCAAAGCCUCGAUGACCUGCUGCUCCUGCCACUGCCCCUUCUGGCUGUCAAAGCCUCGAUGACCUGCUCUGCUUCCACUGCCUCUUCUGGCUGUCAAAGCCUCGAUGACCUGCGCUGCUACCUCUGUCUCUUCUGUCUGUCAAAGCCUCAACAACCUGCGCUGCUGCCACUGCCUCUUCUGGCUGUCAAAGCCUCGAUGACCUGCUCUCCUGCCGCUGCCCCUUCUGGCUGUCAAAGCCUCGAUGACCUGCGCUGCUGCCGGAGCCUCUUCUGGCUGUCAAAGCCUCAACAACCUGCGCAACUGCACCUGCCCAUACUGGCUGACAAAGCCUCGACGACCUGCUCUGCUCCCACUGCCCCUUCUGGCUGUCAAAGCCUCGACGACCUGCGCUGCUGCCGCUGCCCCUUCUGGCUGUCAAAGCCUCGAUGACCUGCGCUGCUGCCGCAGACCCUUCUCACUGUCAAAGCCUCGAUGACCUGCGCUGCUUCCGCAGCCCCUUCUGGCUGUCAAAGCCUCGAUGACCGGCUCUGCUGCCUCUGCCUCUUCUCGCUGUCAAAGCCUCAAUGACCUGCGCUGCUACCUCUGUCUCUUCUGUCUGUCAAAGCCUCAACAACCUGCGCUGCUGCCGCUGCCUCUUCUGGCUGUCAAAGCCUCGACGACCUGCGCUGCUGCCGCAGCCCCUUCUGGCUGUCAAAGCCUCGAAGACCUGUGCUGCUACCUCUGUCUCUUCUGGGUGUCAAAGCCUUGACGACCUGCGCUGCUGCCACUGCCCAUUCUGGCUGUCAAAGCCUCAAAGACUUGCGCUGCUGCCCCUGCCUCUUCUGGCUGUCAAAGCCUCGAUGACCUGCUAUGCUGCCACUGCCCCUUCCGGCUGUCAAAGCCUCGACGACCUGCGCUGCUGCCGCUGUCUCUUCUGGCUGUCAAAGCCUCAACAACCUGCGCUGCUGCCACUGCCCCUUCUGGCUGUCAAAGCCUCGACGACCUACGCUGCUGCCGCUGCCCCUUCUGGCUGUCAAAGCCUCAACGACCUGCGCUGCUGCAGCAGCCCCUUCUGGCUGUCAAAGCCUCAACGACCUGCGCUGCUGCCACAGCCUCUUCUGGCUGUCAAAGCUUCGAUGACUUGCGCUGCUGCCUCUGCCCAUUCUGGCUGUCAAAGCUUUGACGACCUGCCCUGCUUCUUCUGCCUCUUCUGGCUGUCAAAGCCUCGAUGACCUGUCCUGCUGCCUCUGCCCAUUCUGGCUGUCAAAGCUUUGACGACCUGCCCUGCUUCUUCUGCCUCUUCUGGCUGUCAAAGCCUCGACGACCUGCGCUGCUGCUGCUUCCUCUUCUGGCUGUCAAAGCCUCAAUGACCUGCGCUGCUGCUGCUGCCUCUUCUGGCUGUCAAAGCCUCAAUGACCUGUGCUGCUGCCUCUGCCUCUUCUGGCUGUCAAAGCGUCGAUGACCUGUGCUUCUGCCGCUGACCCUUCUGGCUGUCAAAGCCUCGACGACCUGCGCUGCUGCCGCAGCCCCUUCUGGCUGUCAAAGCCUCGACGACCUGCUCUGCUUCCACUGCCUCUUCUGGCUGUCAAAGCCUCCAUGACCUGCGCUGCUACCUCUGUCUCUUCUGUCUGUCAAAGCCUCAACAACCUGCACUGCGGCCACUGCCUCUUCUGGCUGUCAAAGCCUCGAUGA